GAAAUACAGACUGAAAACAGUGUCAGCGUUAAGUGACAGCCUGCAGCUCUGAUCACAGCUCAGGAUUACACAGGCUUUGUUUUAUGUUGUGAUGAUGGACAAUGAGGUCGAUGUCUUCUAUCGGGAGCUGCCAAAAGUGUUACCUAGAUGCUAACGUCAGCGUUUCAAACCGUCACCAGGAGCUCCAUGCUCACCUCAACGGCUCCGUCAGCUGCCCGACCAUCGAGAAGCUCAUCAGCCGAAAACCGCACCUCAACAUCGGACACGGCAUGACGGCCAUCGGCAAGGGCCAGCGGAGGACCCUGGAUGAGUGUUUCCAAGUCUUCAAGGUCAUCCAUCAGCUGGUGGACACGGAGGAAGACAUCCUGAUGGUUGCUACAGAUGUGAUCAAAGAGUUUGCAGCAGAUGGUGUCAAAUAUUUAGAGCUGAGAAGUACACCAAGGGAGGAGAAACAUACAGGAUUGACAAAGAAGAGUUACAUUGAAACCGUCAUCAAAGCCAUUACACAAUGCAAAAGCGAAGGAGUGGACAUUGAUGUCAGGUUUCUGGUGGCGAUUGACCGCAGGAAUGGAACUGAAGUUGCCAUGGAGACGGUGAAGCUUGCUGAGGACUUCAUGCUGUCGUCUGAUGGUUUGGUGUUGGGACUCGACCUCAGUGGAGAUCCAACGGUUGGCCAUGGCAAAGACCUACUUCCUGCUCUGCAGAAGGCAAAGAACUGUGGACUGAAGUUGUCCCUGCACCUCUCAGAAGUCCCGUCCCAGCUGGAGGAGUCCGACCUGCUGCUGGAUCUUCCUCCGGACAGGAUCGGUCAUGGCACCUUCCUGCACCCGGCCAUGGGGGGAUCUCAAGGGCUUGUUGACAAAGUGGUGAAGCACAACAUACCGCUGGAGCUCUGCCUGACAUCAAACGUCAAAGGACAAACGGUUGCACGUUACUCCGAUCAUCAUUUCAAACACUGGUACCAGAUGGGACAUCCCAGUGUGAUUUGUACUGAUGAUAAAGGAGUCUUCAGUACGGACUUGUCUCAGGAAUAUCAGCUGGCAGCUUCCACGUUUGAUCUCAGUCGUGAAGCUGUGUGGAAACUUUCCCAUGAUGCCAUAGACUGUAUCUUUGCCCCGGACACUGUGAAACAGCAGCUCAAACAGAAGUGGAUUGAUUUAAAGCCUCAAGUGUUCAAGUGAUCCAUUACAGGGAAACUGACAGCCUUUAAUAUACCUCACAUAUCAUUUUACAGAACUUAUUCAUUAACAUUUUACAUUGUAGAAAUCAUGUCUUCAACU